AUGGAAACUGCCAGCGAAUUAGAUAAGUGGUCGAUGCAGGAGGUUCAGAAUCACUGCGGCCCCGUUGAGAGCGAUGAGAUUGGGCGACCAAAGCCACCAGUAGUAGCUGAUGAGGCGAACCCCAAAUGGUGGUAUCCCAGAACUGUAUCUCUGUUGCUAGAUCAGCGAGCCUCAAAGAGUGAUAGAUGGAGAAAUGAGCAAGCCGCCCAAAACUAUCGAGAAGGCCCGCCCACCAUCCGCCCAAUUGAUACACCCGCCCAUAGCGUUGCUGGUGACAAUCCGGCUGGUCCAUCAGGACCCCCCCAACUACCCGCCCAACCGACCUACGAAAGUUUGGGGCAGGAAGUUUUUGCUCGCCUAACGGCAACCGCCCAAGCAAGACGCGAGCUUGCAGAUGCUCUGGUUGAGCAAGAAAAUGCUCUGGACCUGGACCCUCUUACCGGCUAUUGGCAUGUUGGGGCAGGGGAACGAUGGGAAGAGAAGGCGAAGUCCGGAGGGUGGGACACGGGAUAG